AUGACUGCCUUCUUUGUCGACUGGGAUCUCUGGCAAGAGAUGACUUUCGUUCUUGGGUGCUGCAUCGUUCUUGUUUUCGCCAUGGGACUUGUGAAACUAUGGUGGUCUAACCGAGCCAUACGCCGUCUUGAGAUUAUCGACGAGGAGAAGCGCGCACGAAUCUCCCUCAUGUCGCGUUGCGGUAUCGAAAACAUGCGACCUCCCGAGAUUCCUUUCGGUGUUCGUGCUAUCCUGAGCGGCGUCGAGGUGGAGGGUAUCUGGAUCUCAAGGCCCAAUUCGCCUGGGCCAUGCCAGCUCACACCAGUAGCAACUCAAGUUGGUCGCCGCAUUAGAAUAUCCAAAGGAAAGGGGAAAAUGAUAGACAUGGGCUCAUCAGAAUGUCUAUCAGACACACUCGACUCCGAAACUUCGCCAAGUUACCCAACAUCUACAAAGACAAAGACAUCUCAGCAAGAUGGCAUUGCUUCAAUAGAGGUCAUCCAGUGCCAACAAGAACAUGUCAGCUCAGCUAGUUCAAUGACGAAAACUCAAAUUGACUCGAUUGUCCGACGCAAUUCACAGAUAAACUGCAACCGCACCGGUUCUAGAUCACCUAGCAGUUGCAACGAUGACUUCAUUACGCCAGAACAAACACCACCGGGAUCUACCUAUAGAGCAGCUGAAUGCCUUGCCACACGUGAGAAAGCCAUCGACGGGAAGCAUGGCAAUGCCAAGCGGGCACCCCAGGGUCCUCAGAUCAGAGAAAAGGCGAUUAAUAUCGGAAUCGUCAAGCAGUUAGCAAAUCAUCACGAAUUCUUGUAA